GCUGGAGACCCGCACCGCCCGCCCCUUCAGCUUUGCCUUCAACACCAGCGACUAUCGGAUCUUGCUGAUGGACCAGGACCAAGAACGGCUCUACCUGGGCGCCCGAGACUACCUGGUGGCCUUAGACCUGCACAAUAUCAACAAAGAGCCGCUGAUUAUCCAUUGGCCGGCACUACCAACCCAUCGGAAUGAAUGCCGCUUGGCUGGGAAGGGCCAGUGGGGCGAAUGCUUCAACUACAUACGACUUAUGGAACCGCUGAACCGCACGCAUAUCUACGCCUGUGGAACAAGUGCCUACCACCCCGUCUGUGGCCUCAUCAACCGUGGCUGGCGCUCUGAAGAGUACCUCUUCCGAAUGGUGCCUCGUUCGCUGGAACCGGGAAAGGGGAAAUGCCCGUAUGACCCACGGCAGCACAGCAUGGCCGUCCUUGUCAAUAACACUCUGUACGCCGGCGUGCACGUGGAUUUCAUGGGCACCGACGCCGCCUUGUUCCGCACCAUGGGGCCGCGCCCAGCCGUCCGCACCGAGCAACACGAUUCCCGUUGGCUCUACGAUCCUGUUUUCCUCCAUGCCCACGUCAUUCCCGACAGCUCUGACCACAACGAUGACAAGCUGUAUUUCUUUUUCCGCGAGAAAGCGCUGGAGGGCUCCGUGGGGCCUGCCGUGCUCGCCCGGGUGGGACGGGUUUGCCUGAACGACGACGGGGGACAACGUUCCUUGGUGAACAAGUGGACCACGUUCCUGAAGGCUCGCCUCGUCUGCUCUGUGGUCGGAGAAGACGGCGUGGAGACCUUCUUCGACGAGCUGCGUGAUGUUUUCCUGCUGCCGACCCAGGAUGAGAAGCACCCGCUGCUCUACGGGGUGUUCUCCACUUUGGGGUCAGUGUUCCGGGGUUCUGCCGUCUGCGUUUAUUCCAUGGCCGACAUACGCACGGUCUUCAACGGACCAUUUGCCCACAAGGAAGGGCACAACUACCAGUGGGGGCCGUACACAGGACGCGUACCCUACCCCCGUCCGGGAGCUUGCCCGGGUGGCACCUUCACCCCGGGGCUUCGCUCCACGCGGGAGUUCUCCGACGAGCUGGUGACCUUCGUGCGGAACCAUCCUCUGAUGUACAAUUCCGUCUACCCCCUGCAGCGCCGCCCCGUGUUGGUGAGAACCAACGUGCCCUACAGCUUCACCACACUGGCCGUCGACCUGGUGGAUGCGGUGGACGGGCGAUAUGAGGUGCUCUUUCUCGGCACGGACCGGGGCACAGUGCAGAAGGUGAUUGUGCUGCCUCAGGAGCACGGGGUCCUGGAAGAGCUGACCUUGGAAGAGGUGGAGGUUUUUAGGACUCCUGCCCCGGUGAAAACACUGUGGAUAUCCUCUAAACGGCAACAGCUGUAUGUUUCCUCCGAUGUGGGUGUUUCCCAGCUGAGCCUGCAUCGGUGCCGUGAAUAUGGGGAAGCUUGCGCUGACUGCUGCCUGGCCCGAGACCCGUAUUGUGCUUGGGAUGGGCAGCGAUGUGCUCGUUACAGCCAUACGGCUAAAAGGAGGAGUCGGCGUCAGGACAUCAAAUACGGAGACCCCCUGAGGCAGUGCAGGGGUUUUAAUGCCAAGGUAGAACAGCAGUUACCUGAGCAGGUUCAGUACGGCCUGGAAGGUGGGAGUGUGUUUCUGGAGUGCGAACCACGAUCUCCUCACGCAUCUGUCAAGUGGCUCGUGCAAACGGACGGCUCUGACAAGCGCAAGGUGCUGCCCCGGGACAGCGUGCUCCUGCGGACGCUACAGGGUGUGCUUUUGGGCCCAGUGACCCCCACGGACAGCGGGAUCUACCAGUGUGUCGGCACCGAGAACCGCUUCCGCCACACGCUCCGCCGCGUGCGCCUACAUGUCUUGCCCCGUGCCUUGCUCGAAGGGGCCAUCGCCCAACAGGCCCCAUCUGCCCUGGGCAUCUGCGAGAGCUACUGGCACCAGCUCAACCGAGACCAGGAUGCCCGCCGCGGGCGGAGCGGCCGCCAGUCCCCUUGGGACUCGGAGCAGCAGGCCGACGGGUAUAGCGCCAACCACCGCUCGUUGAACUGGACGAGAAGCAGCGCCCAGCACUCCUACAGCAGCAACGGCCGGCGGCGGCACCGUCACCGCACCAAGCCGUGGACAGGCCACCGUUCUCCUCCUCGGAGCUGAGCCGAGCGGGAGCCUUUGGCGCGCGCCAUCUUUGGUGGUAGAGAAUGAC